GAGGGGUUGUGGUUCUUAGUGCGCAGGCGCAAAAGCAAGUCCUCUUCCGGGCAAAAUGGCGAUGGGACUAAUGUGCGGACGCCGGGAGCUUCUGCGCUUGCUACAGUCCGGGCGUCGGGUCCACAGCGUCGCAGGGCCCUCGCAAUGGCUUGGGAAACCGCUGACCACACGGCUCCUAUUCCCAGUAGCCCCGUGCUGCUGUCGCCCACACUACCUCUUCCUUGCGGCUUCCGGCCCCCGCAGCCUCAGUACCUCUGCCAUCUCGUUUGCAGAAGUCCAGGUUCAGGCCCCUCCUGUUGUUGCUGCAACUCCCUCACCCACAGCAGUACCUGAGGUGGCUUCUGGAGAGACUGCAGAUGUAGUCCAAACUGCUGCAGAGCAGAGCUUCGCUGAACUGGGGCUGGGGUCAUACACCCCAGUGGGGCUGAUCCAGAAUUUACUGGAAUUUAUGCAUGUCGAUCUGGGCCUACCUUGGUGGGGGGCCAUUGCUGCAUGUACAGUCUUUGCCCGCUGCCUGAUUUUUCCUCUCAUCGUGACGGGCCAGCGAGAGGCAGCCAGGAUCCACAAUCACUUGCCAGAGAUCCAGAAGUUUUCCAGUCGAAUCAGAGAGGCCAAGUUAGCAGGAGACCAUAUUGAGUAUUACAAGGCUUCCUCGGAGAUGGCACUUUACCAGAAAAAACAUGGUAUUAAACUCUAUAAACCUCUCAUUCUCCCUGUGACUCAGGCCCCAAUCUUCAUCUCCUUCUUCAUUGCUUUGAGAGAGAUGGCCAACCUUCCUGUGCCCAGCCUGCAGACGGGUGGCCUCUGGUGGUUCCAGGAUCUCACGGUAUCCGAUCCCAUCUACAUAUUACCACUGGCAGUCACUGCUACAAUGUGGGCUGUUCUUGAGCUAGGUGCUGAGACAGGUGUGCAAAGUUCUGACCUUCAGUGGAUGAGAAAUGUCAUCAGAGUGAUGCCCCUGAUAACCUUGCCCAUAACCAUGCAUUUCCCCACGGCAGUGUUUAUGUACUGGCUCUCCUCCAAUUUGUUUUCCCUGGUCCAAGUAUCCUGUCUCCGGAUUCCAGCAGUACGCACUGUACUUAAAAUCCCCCAGCGUGUUGUACAUGACCUGGACAAAUUACCUCCACGGGAAGGCUUCCUAGAGAGCUUCAAAAAAGGCUGGAAAAAUGCUGAAAUGACGCGUCAGCUGCGAGAGCGUGAACAACGCAUGCGGAAUCAGUUGGAGCUAGCAGCCAGGGGUGCAGCAGCACUCCUGCUUUGACCCCAGGGGGAGAAAAAAAGAAUCUGCAAAGAAGUCACUCCUGGCCAGGUGCAGUGGCUCACGCCUGUAAUCCCAGCACUUUGGGAGGCCGAGGUGGACGGAUCACAAGGUCAAGAGAUCGAGACCAUCCUGGCCAACAUGGUGAAACCCCGUCUCUACUAAAAAUACAAAAAUUAGCUGGGCAUGGUGGCGGGUGCCUGUAGUCCCAUCUACUUGGGAGGCUGAGGCAGGAGAAUCACUUGAACCCAGGAGGCGGAGGAUGCAGUGAGCCAAGAUCACACCACUGCACUCCAGCCUGGUGACAGAGCAAGACUCCAUCUCAAAAAAAAAAAAGAGAAGUCACUCCUAUAACCAUCUAAAAAGAUGUUCCUGAAUGGAUCAUCAAACCCAGCUACAUAGGGUCCCCGGGAGUAGGAGACUAGUUCUAGUGGUAAGGCCCAGCAUCAGCGCUAAAACUAAAAGCCAGAAAGCACCAGACCAGGUGGAUCCAGAACAGAACAAAGCUUGCAGGCCCACUCUGGAUCAGAUGCUCAGGUUUAGUUUAGAUACCUAAAUGAAACAUUUCCUGAAAAAGAACAUUAAACCCACAAUUCUGUAAGCACUAUUACCUUUAAAUACACACAAUGUAACACACAAAACUUAUGAUUACAGGCGUGAACCACCAUGCCCGGCGUCAUUCCAUUUUAAAAGUGAUCUAUAGAGCCAGGCGCGGUGGUUCGCGCCUGUAAUCCCAGCACUUUGAGAGACUGAGGCGGGCAGAUCACUUGAGGCCAGGAGUUUGAGACCAGUCUGGCCACCAUGGCGAAACCCCGUCUCUACUAAAAAUAUAAAUAUUAGCUGGGUGUGGUGGCGCAUGCCUGUAAUCCCAGCUACUUGGAGGCAGAGGUAGGAGAAUCAUUUGAACCCGGGAGGCAGAAAUUGCAGUGAGCUAAGAUCACGCCACUGCACUCCAGCCUGGGUGACAGAGUGAGACUCCAUCUCAAAAAAUAAAAUAAAAUAAAGUGA